GAGCGAACAGAUGUUUAGGCGUAAACAAUGCACGUGAAUCUAGCCCGCUGAACUGAGGCUACAAAUUAUUUUUGUUUUCCCUCCUCGUGUUAGAAUUGCGCAAAUUUCUUAAGAUUGCUGUUGCUAUAAAUUAAAAGAAAUGCAAGAGGCGCAGGACGACGAAAGAGAAGUGCUUUUGUCGAUAUAUGAAGGCGACCCAUUGUUCAAGCAACUCUCGCCCAAGGUUUUUCAAUACAAAUAUGGUGAAGACAACACCAGCCAAUCUUUUCUGCUGGAGAUCACGUGGGGCGACAAUUACCCGGAUGAAAUCCCAAUCAUUAACAUGGACACGUUCUACAAUAAACACCUGAUUGCAGAGGUGAGACAGCACAUCGUUGACGAAGUGUCUAAAGAAGCAGCUAACAAUAUUGGAAUGGGCAUGACCUACACCCUGUUUGAGUGGGUCAAGGAGCGGCUUGAUGAACUUGUAUCUGCGCAGCCAGAUAGUAUUGCUGAGGCUGUCAGCUCCAGACUAGUUAUCGCAGACACCCAGGAACAGGAGUCAAUCUCGGGAGGAGCAGCGGUGCCAAAGGCGAGGAAGGAGGCGCUGAGCAAGGCGCAGAAGAGAAAGCAGUGGGACCGAAUGGAGAAGGGAGAAAAGCUGAGAGGGCACGACUGGGUAGAUGUGAUAAAGCACUUGUCUCAAACUGGUGGCAAAGACGUCACCGAGCAGUCCGUCAUUGCUUCAACCAACUGAUCAUGACUCCUUUAAUUGUGUAACUCGGUUUUGGAAAUGAAAAGACUUUAUUGUUAGAAAACACAAA